CUUCCUGCUCCCACAACAUACCUCACUGGCCACGACAAUACAACCGGGAAAGCGGUCAUCCAUUCAAAGCGUCCAAUCAAGUUCAACAGUUUCGAUGCCGAAAACCUCCAGAUGUCCGUCGCAUACACCACUAGCUUCCCAGCUGAUCUGAAUGGCGACGCUGAUGUUCAUGCACACGAGGAGAAGGUGAAGAGUGGGAAGCUUGGUCUGGUAUCUGGCGGAGGGACCGUGCUGCGAUAUGUUGACUUCGCGCCGGAUUACGAGUGUAUGAUGCACCGCACUCAGUCACUGGACUAUGGAAUCGUUUUGGAAGGAGAAAUCGAAUCCGUCCUCGACUCAGGAGAAGUGCAGCUCAUGAGAAGAGGGGACUCGAUGGUUCAAAGAGCAACCAUGCAUUCCUGGCGAAACCCCAGCAAGACUGAAUGGGCUCGCAUGAUUUUCGUGCUUCAGGAUUGUCAGCCAGUCAUUGUUGGAGGAAAGAUUGUCAAAGAAGAUCUUGGAACUGGCGCCGGU